ACAUUUUCAUCCUUCUUUCUUUUCGCGGGGCUCUUCCUCUCUGAACUUUCCUUUCGAAUCUCCGAUCUGUAUUCUCCGACCCGACCCGUCUCCGAUCAAUCUGCGUUCUCUUUUGUGCAAUUUCAGAUUUUGAAAUUUCGUCAAAGCCGGAAAUUCGAUUCAGAGUUCCUCAUCUGUAAAUGGGCAUCUUUCAACAAUGAUGAUUUUUUAACAUAUAGAGGAAAAUAAGACCAAGUUGCUUCAAGAUAUCAUAACAUGGCAACCCGAGGUAGAAGAACUAAACGUGCUCGAGGGAGAGGCAGCAGUAAUCCACCAAAACCUUCUACUUCUCUAGGUGUCAAGAUUGACAAGAACAGAAUUCAAAAGAAAGGACCGGUAAAGGGGUUUGAUGCAUUAAAUAAUAAGCAGAAAUCUGCUCCUUUUAAUUUUGAACAGAAUGAAGAUAACAACUACAAUGAUAGUGAAGAUGAAGAGAUGCAACUACUUGAGCAAGCAGCUGAUGAAACUGAUAGGCGAAAAGUUAUAUCUUUAGAGGGCAUCUCUUCUAGCUCAGGUAGACGAAUUACCCGUAGUCAUGGGAAAGGCUGUAGUGAUCCACCAGGGGCUUCUCCAUUGUGCAUUGAUCCACCACCACAACCAGGACAUACUCGGGUUUCCCCAGGUGUCAAGAGUGACAAGAAUAGAAUUCAAAAGAAAAGACGGGGUAAGGGGAUUGAUACAUUUAAUAAUAAGCAGAAAUCUACUUCUUUUAGUUCUGAACAUAAUGAUGAACACUGCGACAAUAAUGAUGAUGAAGAAUUGCAACUCAUCGUAGAUAAAAUUUGUCAAUCACAAUUACACAAGCAGCAAGUAACUAAUGCAAUUAAUACAGAAAAGUAUAUUGGAUCCAAUUUUGGACUUUCCAACAAUGCGAGAUCAUCAAGCGUAGGAUAUCAUGUAGAGGGCAUCUCUAACCCAGGUAGAGGAGUUAGACGUGGUCGAGGGAGAGGUCGUUGUAUUGCACCAGGGCCUUCUCAAUCGUACAUUGAUCCACCAACACCUGCACAUACUUUGGUUUCCCCAGUUGUCAAGAAUGACAAUAACAGAGUUGGAAGGAAAGGACUGGUUAAACAUGGUCGAGGGAGAGGUCGUAGUGAUCCACCAGAGCCUCUAUCAUGCAUUGUUCCACCACCACCGGCAGCACAUACUUCGGUUUCCCCAGUCAGGGCAAAGCAAAAGCGUUUAAAAAAUACAUUAAAAUCAGCACAGCAAACUCAGUGUGCAACAAAUCCUCAAGCUCCCGCUCAAGUUCAUACAUCACCUCAAGCACCUCAUGUUCCAUCUGAAAUUCAUACUUCACCUCAAACUCCAACUUCAGCCCAUUCUUUACCUCAAACUCAUCAUGUUGGACAUUCUCCAACUCAAGCUCCAACUUACUCUUCACCGCUAGUUGAAGGAUCAUCAUAUGCUACACUGAAUGAUACAACACCCGUAAAUUCGUCCUCAACUUAUGAAAUUCCACAACAAUCUCACACAUCUAGGCAAUGUGUUGGGCGCGAGUCUGCAGAUUGUUGGACUGUUGAAGCAAUAGACCCACAAGGAGCUAUUAAGAGGAUAAAACUCAAGUAUUGGCAAGUCAAUGACCUACCUAUCGGGGAACAUGUAAUUGUGCACUUUAAUGACCAAGGUGCUGCAUAUGGUGAAGCACAAGGCUUGCUUGCGGGAUAUUGUGGAACAUUAGCAACCAAUCCCAACUUAUUUCCAAUUAAUUACGAAAGGUGGUUGGGAAAAUUGGGCAUGCCCAAAAGUUACCUUGAUAAUUGCUUUGAAAAAAACAUAGAGCCUCGAUUUCAAUUUAGGACUACUGAAGCCCUUGCAAAGAGAUAUUGCAAACUUAGCAUUGCAAAAAAGUGGGCUGCACAUAGACAAAAUUUGUGGACUCGUUUCUAUGAUCCAUCCAAAACCCGAGAUCAAAUCACAAGUAACAUUCCACUUGGUGUUGACCCAAUUCAAUGGGCUCAUUUUGUUGACUAUCGUUUGAAACCAGAAACACUGGAGCGUUGUCGAAAAAAUAAAGAAAAUCGAAGCAAGCAAUUGAUUCCUCAUACUGGUGGUUCUAAACCUCUUUCGAGAAAAAGACAUGAGAUGUUUUUGCAAACUGGAGAACAACCUUGUCGUGGAAAAUUGUUCAUUGAAACCCAUAAAAAAAAGGACGGGUCAUUUGUAAAUGAUGCAGCAAAGGAUAUAGUGGAACAAAUUGAAGUGGGUUUGACUCAAAGCAGUGUUCAUGAAUCUGAAAUUUCUCCUAAUGAUGUUCUCGGUAAAGUGUUAGGGCCUGAGCACCCUGGAAGAGUGCGAUGCAUGGGUAUGGGAGCAGCUCCUACUAAUACAUUUAAAAAUAAUGGAGUUCGACUUUCAAUUUUGGGUAAUUCUUCGACCGCUGCUGCAACAUCAUCUUCUAACUUUUGGCAAGAGAAGUACACGCACUUGGAAUCUCAAGUUCAAAACACCAUGGAAGCAUUCAAAGCUUACAUUAUUAUGAAAGAAGGAAGGAUUCCUGAUCAAGUGGCCAGCAUCUUUGGUUCAUCAAAUGAAGUGGGCCUUGACUUGGGGCCCAAACCCAGAGUUUGGAGAAUGUAUCACAGAAAGAAAGGAAAAGGAAUUGCAAAUGCAAAUGAUGUGUGGCUAAGUAUGGCACGGAAUGCACGGAAUUGAGGUUAUAAAAGUGGUGUCAGUAUCGUCAAAAAAAAAAAGUGGUGUCAGUAAAAGAAUAAUCUUUAUCCAAGUUUUAUGUUAUUUGGGUGGGGUCACAUGUUGUGACUUUGGGAGCACUCUCCGUGCUUAUUGGGCUGUUAGUUGCCUGAGGCCAACAGUUUGUUUACUCUUUCUAUCAAUUUCUCCAUUGUAAUUCAUUUUCCAGUAUUAUUGUUUUUUGAACGGCUUUUUUCCAGUAUUAUUAAUCAUAAGCUUUCCAUCUUUAUUACUUCCA